GUCAUUGUUUACGCUCAUUGUUACAGGAAGCUUGAUAGAGGUGGUCAGAUCUGUCACAUCGAGAGACAAAUUGGAGAAAAGUUUGGAAUACUGCACAGUUAUUAUUAAAGCUAUGUUCGAAGGCGCUUAAUGGUCCAGUUAUAUCCAAUUCUGCUGAAGUAUUGAAAGUGUUAAAAAGUCCGUGUUUUGACUUUAGAGGACGAAUAGGAGAAAAGCAAGAUCAUGCGGUCAAACCGGGUCACGUACUGCAGCGAUGCAACAACAUUUUAAAGUCAUUCACGGAUGGUGGCUCACAUGAAGACUUGUUUUAGACGACUUUACUGUAUAAGCUAUCUUCAGGAUCUGCAGGUUGAGAUCGCUGUACAGCAAGAUGGGAUUUCGUCUUAUUUCCGCGUUUGGAAGUCCACUUAACAGGAUUAACGUUCAUCAUUAUUCAAGUUCUCACACAAAGCUCGGUCUGCUUUUGAGAAGUUCACUGAUGCUAUUUAAAGAACUAAGCACCUCAGUUAAAACUCUGCAGUAUGACCAGACAAAAUCAGACAUUGCCAAAUCCGGCAACAGGAAAUUAUACUUUGACACUCAUGCAGUGGUUCAACUACUGGAGGACAGCGCUUUUGCAACCCAGCAGGCAGAGGUCAUUGUCAGGAUGAUGGUGAAUAUCACACAUUCCAACAUGGAUGUCAUGUACAGUGACAUGGCUACCAAGACACAGCAAGAGAUUAUGUUACAGAAGGUCAUGUCUCAUAUUGCUGCAGUGAAAAAGGACAUGAUCAUUCUGGAGAAGAGUGAGUUCUCAACAUUACUGGCAGAGAAUGAGAAAAUCAAGGCUGAGCUUUUACAGCUAAAGACACAGCUUGUUGAUGUGAUGAACAAAAAGCGUGCAGACACCAUUUUGGAUAUGAGUAUUGAGAAAAGUCGAGUGAAAGAGAUGAGCGCAGAAUAUGAAAGGAAGAUUCUUGAAACUAAGAAUGAAUUGAUGGAAAUGCAUUCUGAGCAAGAUCGGCAUAUCACACAGACGAACAUGAAAAUCGACACAGAGGUUGCUGGCUUGAAGACUAUGCUGGAGGCGCAUAAACUGGAUUCCAUUAAAUAUCUUGCAGGUUCAAUAUUCACAUGUCUCACAGUGGUACUUGGAUUCUAUCGCAUAUGGAUGUAAAUGUCAGGAGUUUUUUUUUCAGGUUCAUGUUUUAGAAAGAUGUGGUAUUCACAGAUAUAAAGUGGAAGAAAAUGUAGUUUUAUUGCUUUAUUAAGUUGUUUUAGUAGAAAACCUAAUAUUUUUAUUUACCUAGGCCAACAGUGAAACAUUCUGCAUUAGGGUCAUAAGGAUCACAUGUAAUACAAUCAUACAGGAUAUACAAUAUAUAAAUCAAAUAUAUAUAUUAUAUUUCCAAGAUAAGAGAGUUUAAAUUGGUUUGUGCCUUUGACAAUUUUUGUCAUUUUACCAAAGCUUUACCAAAGUGCAUGUAACAAACUUUGCUUGUCAUUUGUUCGUUCCUUCAUAGUUCAAGUAAUAGUUUGUGUUCAUUUUUUCUAAAUUAUGUUGUUUAAAAACACUGCAUAAUAUUACAUAAAAUGCCUAAAGUGAUUUCAGGAUGUCAUACAUUUAUGAGCAGUAAACUAAGUACUGUUGCCAAAACACGUGUAUACAGUUCAUAUGAUUUGAAUGACAUAUCAAUUGCUUCUGUUUCUAUGUAAGUCCUAAUUAUUAUUUUGUAUGUCAUAUUUCUGCAGCUCCACUAGCAAUGCCAAGAUCGGUUUAAAUUCCAGGGAACAAAUACGCUUUCAAAGAAAAUGUAUAAUUUAAUUGCAUCUGCCAAAUGUACAGAUGAUGAUGUAUAUCAAAAAUGUAUUUAUGUCAUGCCUUUUGCUCUGAGAAUUUAUAUGCACGAGAACAAUUCCUUGUACAGGAAUAUUUAUGUAUUUGUUUCGUAAUAUUAUUCUGAUGUAAAAAUAGUAAUAAACAGCAGCUAUAACUGA